UUGAUCUGUUUAAUGACUGAUUCUUAUGUCCUUUAAUUAUUAAAGAGCUAUUCCUCAUAUUUCUUGCUGAAAAGAAAUGUAGUGACGAGGUUCCAUAGCUAAAAUCCUGGCUUGUGCCGUGUGACAUUUACAUGCUGGCUUUCUCCUCUCACCACUGUGCUGUCUGAACGGUCCACGGUGUUGUCAAUUUUUGCUGUGGGAUGACAAUGUCAGUAAAACAAGGAUUCCCACUGACUCCUAUGGCAACAUCCAAGUCGCCCAGAGUUCCACUUCAGCAGCUGACCUCCAGUGGGCCCACGAUUAUGAAAGUGGCAGUGACUCAGAUGCAGAUCGACCAGAUCCCGAUCUUGUCCUAGACGAUCUGGCAAGCAGACGCUUUCACAGCCCCACACCAGCUCCUCCCACCAACUUUGCUCUGCCCAUCAGUCCCCUGGCAAAGGGAAGGCUGCCUGGACCGAAAGCAGGCCCCUGGCCCAAGGUCACUAUGUCUCCAAGUGUUCUCCCUCAGGAAAAUGUGACCUGCUACAGCAAAAGCGGGAAAGUGCCGCCACCCAAGCACGGCUCUGUGAGGGUGGACCACCGCCGAGCUGUGCACACUAACAGCCUGUUCAGGGACAUUUAUGAUGACUCUGAGGAUGAGGACGAUGAGGUGGGCUAUGCUGACCCAGUCCAAGAUGAUCUCUAUGCCCGUAAGAUGGGUAUCAAGCCCCAGCCUGUGAGCAGCGUGUCGUACGACAAGUUUUUACCUAAAUUCUGGACACCUGAAGAAGACGUUCAUGUGCAGAUGAUCAAACAGGGCUCUCAGAGGAGACCCUGGUACAAGAAGAUGCAAGGUUUCAGCCGUGAGAGGUCGGGCUCUUCAUCAGAUGAUUCAGAGUGCAACAUCAGUCCUUGGCUGUCCUCUGCCCCCUCUCGUUCUGGCCCACCUCCCUCUCACUCCCACACACACGAGGCCUCGGCUCAAGCUACCAUUGUUGUUGGGAAAAGGUUGAUACAGCUGCAUGACUGUGAUGAUGCAGGAUUGUUCAAGCAUCAGAUUGUUCCACACAUUUCCCCACAGCCCCCCAAGAUACAGUUCUCUUUAUUAGAGACCCCUCCACUGGUAUUUGCCCCUGUGGACCCGACAUCAGGUCCCAGGCUGGUCAAAUGUGAGAGAUGGCCACUCCUGGGGCGCCAAGACCCCCGGGAAUCAAUGGAUCCCUUUGAUUAUGAAAGUAUUUGCCCCGAUUUGGAGAAUGAUGACAUGUUUACCAGGCGAACCCUGGCAUUUAGGUCCAACACAGACCUGGCUAUGGUGAAGACUCAGCUGUCUGUUAACCGCCGACACUACACAUCUGAGCCACAAAUCAAUAUUGUUACCCAGCAAUGUCGUAGCGGAGACACUGAGGAAACUGAGUUUCCCGACAUAGAGGAGGACGAUGUCGUUUAUCGUAAGGAGAAGACUCAGCAGGCUCAGCAGCAACGACCGCUGUCAGGAGCCCCCGACAACUACGCUCCCAUGUCCAUCCCUGAACCUUGGGCUCUUCCUCCUAAACUUAAAGCCAGACUUCUCUGCCCUCCAUGUCCUCUGACUCAAGAAGCAGCACCAGCUAACAAGAACGAAGUUGAUGAUGAAAUGCAUCCUAAAACUGAUGACAUGCUAAUUCGAAAGCUUGGAAAUUAUUCUGAUCAGAGUCAGAUGUUGCUAAGAGGCCCAUCAGCUGCUUACAUGACACCCUCUGUGCCUUCCUCCUGUAGCAAAGGGGACCUGCAGAGGUGGCAGGAAAUCAGAGAAGCAAGUCAAUUAAGAUAUAAGAAGAAGCUUUUGGUGGAGAGGCUAGCAGCACUGAAGCUGUAGGAGCAGGUUGAUGCUAGAGUGCCUGUUAGUUUCUUCUGACUCUGUAGACUUUUUUUUUUUCCUAUUUUUGUCCUUUUUUUGUUGUUUCUUUAUCAUUUCAUGCUAUUACAUGUCUGGCAUUUUUGGAGUCCUCACAGUCAGCAAUUAAAGUUGACAGUCACUAGCAGGCACUUGCAUUCACUGGAUCACAGUGUUCAAUAUAGUCUUUGUCAAAACUAUAGUAUAUUUCAUUUAUAAAAUGGAUGGUUUGUACAUGCAGUGUGCCCGGAUUGUACAAUAAACCAACUGCUGAUGUGUGUUGCAUGAUUUGUGAACAAAUAAGUAUAAACUUUUCUUUGACCAAAUGAUCUGGUAGAUCACGAGAAGACCAUACACAAAAUGUGUUUGUUUUUUUUCCCUGCAAAACUGAGUUUGCUUAUGAUUCGAAAAGAAAUAUUCAUGCCAAAUAAAGAAAAAUCAGCAACAUCA